GUCUCAACCUAUAAUUGUCCCACACAUAUGUGUUGUACAUAUCCUUCCAAUACCGAUAGAAGCACAAAAUGUUACUCAAACCAGUCCAUCAUUGCCUCUCGACAAAGAUUGAUGACACGAUGUCAUGCUUAGCAACUAAGCCAGCAUUCAUUAGUAGCCUGGCAUUCAAUUCUCUAAUUUCAGCAUUUGCUUUCACAGGUUAACUCACAACAUCACUCGUCCCCUUCAUGCCCUUGUUGCUUUUGAUGUCACCCGGAUUGAGCCAUGCCAAGUGAUUGAGCAAUGAGUGGUCAAAAUCUACUAAAGUUCUAUUUUUGGAUACUACCAACAUAAAGCUCAGUGCUUCAUAUUUUAUUUUUUAAAUCCUUCGACAGUAUUCUAAAAUUAACAGCAUUCACAGGAGAUAGCUUCUGGCGUCCAGUAUUAUUUUAAUACCAAGGAAAUCGAUCCUAGAAAUAUUAUAUCAACUUCCAUGUCCCAGAGCAACCACUAGGCGAAGAGGUUUGAUUUUUCGGUGCUUCAUAUACGCCUUGAAGAUUAGCCUUUUCCAGCACCUAUAUUUUCCAACAACACAGAUCAUCACAACACAACUCAUGUAAAAGUAGAAACAGGAUUUUCCAUAUUUGAAGUACCAAAGUGAUUCCCCAAGAGGCUUGGCAACAUAAACUGACAAAUGAAGAAGAGUUCUAGUUCCUCUCAGAAACUUGGUUCAUUUCUUAGUCCAGGGGCACCAAACAAUAGAGAGAAAAGCAUAGGGAACCAAAAAGGGUGGAGCUCAGAGAGGGUGUUGCAGGCAUCAAGUAGCAGCACAAGGCAUGGUAGUGUGGCUAACUUGACACCCUUCAACAGUGGAAGAACAGUGCCCUCAAAAUGGGAUGAUGCUGAGAGGUGGAUUUGUAGCCCCGUUUCAGGCCAUGCCAACACCAAAACUUGCUAUGCACAGCUUCAUCAGCGGCGUCCCAAAUCAAAAAGUGGUCCAAUUGUGCCUCCAGGAACAGGCUUCUACUCCAAUUACUCGCCUACAAUUCCGCUGCGCCAAGGUUUGGUAGUGAAAAACUUCAUGAUGGGUUCCCCUUUUUCAACAGGAGUGUUGGCACCCGAUGCUAUUUCUCUUCAUCAUUAUUAUGCACAUGACGCUGUUUUUGGUCCCCGUUAUGACUUUGACAGCAGUAUGCAAUGUUCUAGUCCUUUGCUCAAUGACAACAGUGUAGCUCUCUCAUCAGUGUCAAGUGCACCCGUGUGGUCAGAACUGCUAUGUGAUCCUGAUCCAUCUUCGCCUAAUUCUCAAGAUGAAAAACGAGAUGAAACUAAGAAUGAGGACGCGGCGACAUCUCCUCUCUCGAAAUGUGAUAAAGGCACUCAAAUGAACUCUACUGAGAGUGAGAAUGAUGCACCAAAAUCCUCACCCUCUUCGAUCAUGGAUCGACAAAAUAGCGUUUCAGCCAAGUUAGUGGUCAGAGAUGUGGAAGUAGACAGUGAGGCUACUAUUAUUAGGUGGUCUAAGAGUAAGAGCUAUGUACCCAAGCUGAGCUUGCUAAAUGGUAAAGACUUGAGGAAAAGUAGUAAGGAAGCCCAAGCUUCAGGUUUGGGUAUUGCAGACUCAACGUUGGACAGUUCCAAGUCUCAGAGAGAGGAAGCCAAAAUCGUUGCAUGGGAGAGUUUGCAGAAAGCCAAGGCUGAAGCUGCUAUACGAAAACUAGAGAUGAAAUUGGAAAAGAAGAAAUCAUCAUCAGUGGAUAAGAUUCUAAAGAAGCUGAGAAGGGCGCAGAUGAAGGCUGAAAAGAUGAGAAACCGAAUAAGUGUACAACAGGAUGAGGAGGUUUCCAAGACAGGGAAAGUAUUUUCAUUACACAAAUAUGCCCAAAUAUUAUCACCAAGGAGCUGCUUCGGCAGUCAUGCUCUAUGAUCAAUCUCAUACACACAAGAAUAAUCAAUCAUAUCUCAAGUCAUAGGCCAUUUUUGUUUGGCCUUCUCUACAUGUUAAUAGUCAAUUACUACUACAACUACAUUGUCUUAGUGCCUUUUGAUAUGUUUGGCAUUUUAGAGCAUUCCCUGAUCCAAGAUUUGUUAUUUAUAUACCCAAUCGGAUUGAUUUCCGGAUGCGUACCUUUCUUUAA